AUCAUGUCAGGAUAUAGUAGCUCCCUGUUGCAAAACAGUGCACUCCGCUCCUCAUUUGGAGACCUUCCAUUACACAGAAGGCAGCAAGCGGGAGAGGAAAAGAGGACUAAUUCACCCCUGAACCCAGGACUGUACCAUGAAGUCUCAGCAGAAAUGCAUUGUGGUCUUUGCUCUGGUUUGCUGCUUUGGUGUUCUGGUGGCCCUUAUAUUCUCCGCAGUGGAUGUGUUGGGAGAAGACGAGGGCGGCAUCACCGAAGAGAACUGUAGCAAAAACUGCAGGGUAGUGCUUGUGGAGAACAUUCCAGAAGACAUCUCCAUUUCUCCCGAGGGUACGAUGCCGCUUGCCACGGGUCUGCACAACCUCCUAGACCUCGCCCAGAAAUCGGUUGAGAUCGUGUCACCGUGGUGGGCUCUGAAUGCUACAGAGCAGGAGUCUCACUUUCCUCACGCCAAGCAGGGCCAGCUGUUACUCCAGAGGCUGAUGGGCCUUAAGACGGAGAAUGUUCACCUGAAGGUCGCCAGCGGGAUUACACCGUCUGAAGAACUCGCUCUUCUCUCUCACUGUGGUGCAGAAGUGCAUUAUUUGAACAUGACUGCCCUCACCAGAGGCCGGCUUCAUUCCUCCUUCUGGGUGGUAGACAGGAAACACAUGUACAUCGGCAGUGCUGGAAUGGACUGGAGAUCUCUGUCUACGCUGAAGGAGCUGGGAGUCAUUAUUUAUGAGUGCAGCUGCCUCGUGCUGGACCUCCACAGGAUUUUCAGUCUCUACUGGCAGCUCCAGUACAGGGACUUUGUGCCGUCCAUCUGGUCAAAGCGGCUGUAUGCGAUCUUCAACAAGGAAGAGCCACUGGAGCUUCUCCUGAAUGGCACCAGUGCCAAGGCCUAUGUCUCUAAAGGAACAUUUGAGACUUCGCCCGACCUCUUCUGCCCCAAAGAUCGGACCAGAGACAUCGAGGCCAUUUUCCACCUCAUACAGGAGGCGCGGAAGUUUAUCUACAUCUCCAUGAGCGACUACCUGCCUCUCCUCAGCAACAGUGCACACACCAGAUACUGGUCACAGAUCGACGGCAUGCUCCGAGAGGCCUUGAUCCUGAGGCAAGUCAAAGUCCGCCUGUUGAUAAGCUGCUGGGAGCAAAUGCACCCGCUCACUUUCAACUUCCUGUGGUCUCUGAAGAGCCUGUGUAUGGACAUGGCCAACUGCUCAGCAGAGGCGAAGUUCUUCAGUCCACGUCUCCGGGAUGACGGCUCUCUACAAGGCAUUAACCAUCACAGAUACAUGGUGACAGACACCUCUGUGUACAUAGGGAAUUUUGACUGGGUGGGUAAUGAGUUUGUGUACAACGCUGGAGCAGGGUUGGUCCUCAGUCAAAGGGAUGCUGGCCCCACCGUGCUGGAACGCAUGCGGGGGGUCUUUGACAGAGACUGGCGCUCUCCAUACAGCAAGACCCUGCAGCCAAACAUGGUGCCCAUGUGCGGUGCGAACGCUGUCUUCCCUGGGCCCAGGCUGAAAGACUACCCAGGCAGCAUAGAACAGGAACACAGCCCAAACACCUCGCUGUGAGCACCUACCACAUCAGCGCAAGCACGGGGUGGGGUGGGGGAUCUGAUACUGGCCUUAUCAUAACAGGUUUGUUGACUGUGUAAUAACUCACGGAUUACUUUGUUAAUUUUGAAUGCUGUUCCUCUUCCCUCUUUGCCCAGAGGAUUUUAAUACUAGGAAUGUUUUUUCCCUAUAGUCUCCAAUCCAACUAAAUCUCUCACUUUAAUCACCGUCUGUGUAACAUAAUGGAGCUGCCCAAGCACAUCUUUUUAAACUUUACAUUUUGUCUGUUUUUCACAUGUAAUUGAAAAAUGAAUUCAUGUCAUAAGAACACAUUAAUCAAACAUUUUGGACACUUGCUUCUAGCUGUAUUCACAAAUAGACACUUUUUAUAACAGAACAAUGAACAAUAUAUGUAAAAUUAUAUUCACCAUAUACCAUAUAUGUUGUACUUGGCAUGAACUUUUAUGAUUUCAGAAAAAGAAAAAAAAAUUGGCUUUCUAGCUGAUAGAGUUACUUGCUGGUUUGUUUGAUUGCUUAAAGCUACCAGCAGAUGUUGAACUUUAUUGUAAGAAGGAUGUAUAUGGACGGUAAGGAAACAUUCCUUUUGCAAGCAUUUGGCUUUUAUAUUCCAAGUUAUAUAAACAUUUUGUAUACUUCACUGUACUGUAUUUCAUUCAUAUUAUGUGUUUUGUAACAGAUCAGGGUUUAUUAAGCAAAGGUUCAUAAAUCAAAAUGAUUUUCAAUGUUGGAAUGUGGCCCUAAGCAGCGCCAUUUGAAUUAAAACAUGAAUUUAGGACACGUUUCAUUUAGUAGGACUGUUUAGUGCAAAUGCUCCUUGUUGCAGAUCUCAUAUACAGCUUCACAUCUUUUGGUUUGUGACAAGGUAGUACUAGGUGCUGAGAGAUUGUUUCACUGGGCUCACAUGAAGCUUACCCUGGGCUGGUUGGUUCUCUGGAUUCAGUGGUGGUAAACAAACCUUCUUAACCGAGCACUUCUGGUUCUUUGACUUUACAACAGAUGACUACGACUAGUCUGCAUCUUUCUUUUUCUUUUUUGCAGAGCGUUUGAGUGUUACAACCAUGUUGAGAACAGAGAAUAUUUUUGUAUUAAUCUAUUUUUCUUUUACCAGAGAAAUUUUCUUUUGAGUAAAUUCUUUGUCAUUACUUAUUUUUUUGGCAAUGGAAUUUUAUAUUUUUAUAUUCCACUAUAUUUCAUGUUCUUUAUGGCAUUUAAAAAUAAGUGUGUAGAACAUAUACCAAAGCCUCAAGGCAAGUAUUAUUAUGUAUUCAUAACUCAUACAAAUUGUUUAAAAGUAUAAAGAAUACUGCUCUGGUUUAAGCUUCUCAAGAAUAUUUUAAGAACAUUUACAUUUUUGUCAUCUAUGGGUUUCCAUACUUGUGAAAACUCACUCUUGAGUAGUUUACUCAGUUUGGUGAUACUUUAUAAAUGAUAUAUUUAAAAUCCAUUUUUGGAUCUAUUUUCACCCAUUUUUUCCCAUUCCAGUUUAAAUAUAGACAGUUUUCUGUGUAGUGGUUGGUCUCUAUCCUCUAUCACAUGACCGUUCCAAGUCUGAAAAGGCAAAUGGGAACACAAAAGUCUUCUCAAACUACCAAUCCCAGCCCUCGACUCUAUCACGUGCUCAGCAGGCUGGGGUGGCACAGAGCUUCCCGUCUGUUCUGCCCGAUGACAACGAUGGGACUAAUUGCCCUGGAAGUCCAAACAAGUGUUGCAGCUGCAGUUCAGGGACUGAGCCAGUCCUUAAGGCAAACAGAAAUGCAUUUUUUUCAUACUGUAUACUUUGUUGGCACCUCAAAAAACAACUUCUGAAAAAAGUCACCCCCAAAAACAUUUAUUACUACUUUUUAUUACUUAUUUUCCUUUUCAUGCCUCAUAAAUCUCAGUUUAGAAUAUGUUGCAUAAUAAAACUUGUAAAAUGAUUAGUAUAGUUAAGAUUGUGUCCAUGUGAACCACAGUUAAGAUGGGGGUGGGGGUUGAAGGAAGUUACAGGACAUUACAGGACGUUUCUUCUAGCACCAGCUGUUUACAUAUUCUGUUACAUACAAAUAAAAUAACGCUGAAAAAUGUUUUGCAUGAAAAUACAAGAUGUAUUUCAUAUUUAUUACUGCUAUAUAAAGUUUUGCUUAAAUAGUUUCUGCUGCCAAAGUUCACUGAUAAUAAAUUUAGUAAUUUAGUAAUGUAAAAAGUAAUGUACAAAAUACACUGUAAUCACUGCAUUGUAAACUCUUUUAUCUAAAUGAGAUCAGUAGGUAUUUAAACUUUAAUUCUUAUUUUAUUUAAUAUAUAUAUGAAGUAAAUCUAGGUUGUACGCAAAACAUCUUACAGUCCCUUUAAUGUCUGUUGAGCAGCUACUCACUUGGAUUAUUGUUAUAAAAUUAAUGAUGAUAAAAUUUGCAUAUUUUUGCAUAAGAGGUUUUUGCAUGGUCUGCCUGCUUAAACUGAAUUGUACUUUAAAAUGAAAAUUCAGGUCUGCCAAUUUUCACAUCUGAGAAUGAGACACUCUCACUCCAAAUUUCAAUUAUCACACAGAGAUUUUCUAAGUAAAAACAAAUCCUUUGUUUAUAAUUCAGUUUGUAUUUACUUUUCAAAUGAAAAUUUCUUUCCAAAUAGCAGUAUGAGAGCAAAUUCUCACAUCUCUCAAAGUUGGCAGCCCUGCAACUUAAUAUGUUUACAAUAACUUGAGUAAUGUCUAAUUUAUUUAAUGAUCUGGAUUUGUAUGCCUAAUAAAGAGAAAGCCUUCUCUGCUA